AUGAAGUUUUUGGUAUUGAUUUCCGUACUUUGUAGCGGAAAUUUUAUACCCAGCGUGGAAUCCACCACACCAACACCAAUACUAACACCAGUAGUAAGAUCAGAUGUGUUAUCAGAUGUGUAUAAAAAUCGUAGUAAAAAUAGAUUCAGUGAAGAUGAUUUGGGUGAGAGUAAUUUGGGGGAUAAUAAGUUGGGGGAAAGGGAGUUGGGAGAUGUGUUGAGUGGCUUUCUUGACGACUUUGAAGUUGAAUCCGGGCCCAUACACUUUGUCGUUACCGAAGAUCUACACGGACCCAAACAUGAUAAAUCCAAGGAAAAUGAGAAGUUAGGAAAAGAAAAAAAGGAAGUAAAAGUUGUAAAAAAGGAAGUAAAAAAGGAAGUAAAAAAGGAGAAAACUGUGAAAAAAGAAGAAAAGGGAGUGGGUAAGGGGUGUAAUAUGGAUGAGCCGUCGGAUGAAUAUCCAAUAGAUUGUUUUGAACAAGUGGAAGAAGAAGAAGUAAAAGAUGAAAAAGAGGUAAAGGAAAAGAAUUUGAGAGAAGUAAAGGAAACGAAUAGCUUUCACAAAUCAGCAGUAAUACUUGCGCUCAUCUCAACCUUAAUCUUAUAA